CCGGUUCAAUAGUAAAACAAAAAACCAAAAACACAAACGAAAGAAAGAGGAAAGAUUGAAGAGAGGAAAGACGGGUGUGCCAUUGUGGAUGUUGGGGUUGGGUGUGGACCGGCUUCAAGCCGACAUCAACCGGCUCCUAGCCUCCCUAUUCCACCAGGGAGUGCUUGACGAGCAUUUCUUGCAACUUCAGCAGCUUCAAGAUGAGACUUCACCAAACUUUGUGUAUGAUGUCAUUAAUAUCUACUUUGAUGAAUCCGAGAAGCUACUCCGCAACCUCAGAUUAUUGUUGAUGGAUAGAGAAUUCUCGGACUACAAGAAAAUAGGAUUGCACCUGAAUCAGCUGGUGGGAAGCAGUUCCAGCAUUGGUGCGCGUAGGGUUCGUAACGUAUGUGUUGCCUUCCGCUCUGCCUCCGAGCUUAGCAACCGCCCAGGGUGCUUGAGAGGGCUGGAGGUAGCAGAGCAUGAGUAUCAUUACCUCAAGAACAUGAUGCAUGAACUCUUCCAGGUACUUUCAUUUAUCCUCCUCCUACAUAUGAGAAUUAAACUGGGCUAUGGGCGACAAUAA